AUGACUCGCAAUCAAGGCUAUGUUACACAGCCUCGAUUGUGGUCGGAGGAGCCGUUGAUGCUGAGAUACAAGCCCGUAGCUGUGCCGGGACGUGUAAAAAGCCCCAAUCGAUAUGUUGAUGAGAACACAUCGCUAGAUGAAUCGAAAGUCACUGUGGCGCCGCAGUUGCGCGCCACGACCUUGAAUUCUUGGGCCAUUGUGCUUUUUUAUGCUGCGCCAGCCAGGAUCACACUGCAUGUUGUGAAGGCAAAGAAGAUUGCGGUCUUUACUGUGAACUUAAUUGCAAUUAUUUCACUGGCCACGAAGCUGAUUGAAUUGAUCGUUGCAGUCAUCGAGCUGGCAAAGAAGGAGGUUUUGGUUGUGCAGUCUUCGUUGCUUAGAAGUAAUUUUUUGAACUUUUUGCUCGUUCUGGGGAUGUGUUGCUUCUUUGGCGGUAUUGGUCGAGUGGAGCAGCAUUUUAACGUCACUGCUGCCCAGACUACGGCUAGUUUGCCGGCGCCGGCUGGGGGUAGUUUAAUCAUUCCGAUGGCCUUCUACCAGUUGACUCCCACCACCGAUGGGGGCAAAGCCUCCUCUCUCUCCCGAGGUACCAGUGUCUUCCUCCUGAUCACCUACGGCUGCUACCUGCUCUUCCAGCUAAAGGCCCGCGUCGAGAUAUACAACCGCCCAAGUCCGAAGACUGGCAAACGCUGCCAAAGGAUCGCCAAAGGCGAUUCCAAGUGCAGGAACGAUCAGAUAGCCAAAAUGGCCGCUGCAUCCAUGGAGGUAAACGCGCAACAAGCUCAGAUGCAAGACCGCGAUGACGAGCCUGAGCAGCUGCAGCUGACCAUCCUGGUCGCAUUAAUCACACGGGACGUUCUACCUGCCAUUGUAGCUGUCUAUGCGGAGUUCAUGGUCAGCUCCAUCGACGCACUCCCCGCAACCGGCGACAUCGGCAGGACGUUCGUCGGUCCCGUCCUCCUACGUACGUAUCGUCGGCAACCCCGCCAAACACGCCACCGCAGUCACUGUCGCCUGCAAAGAUGA